AAGAAAAAGGAAAGAGGGAGGAAGUGGCACGAGGUACAUGGAUCUGCACCACACAUGAAGCCAAGUCUUGAAUAUAUCCCCUCCAUUUUCUACGAUACUUCAAAUUGAUCUUACCUCUUAUAAUCAAGUGUUGUAAGUGCUGUCUAUUCUCUAUCAACACCUUAAUUUCGUUGGCCACUAGAACUCAUUUGUGCUACAUGAAAGGACCUCCUACUCUCCUACGUACACCCACAUUAAUAAUAUCAUCAUUUCACCAUUAAAACUCUAGCUCCAUAUAUGUAUUCAUGAGAGCUUUCUCUUUCUCCCUUUCUCCUUCAACCAAUAUUUUUCUUAUAAUCUAAAACCUCUUUAAUUUUUAUCUCCAUGACCUUCUAGUCUCUCCAUCCCUCCUUCGGGGAUAUACAUAUAUAUAUAUACAUAUAUACCAAGAAUUUUUGUCUUGUAGAAUGGAGAGGAAUUUCAGUUCAUAUAAUCCUCACCUAGCCUCUAGCUUGAAAGAGAGUGACAGGAAUCACCAGCAUCAUCUUAAAGAAGAUUGUAUCUCUCCUUCUUUCAAUCUACAAAAUGUUUCAAAGCUCAUUCUUCCCCCACUGGGUGUUUCAAACCAGAAUCCUGUAGACUCAAAAGGGUGGAUCAUAUCCCCAAUGGAUUCAAGAUACAGGUGUUGGGAGAGUUUUAUGGUUCUUCUGGUAGCUUAUUCUGCAUGGGUGUAUCCCUUUGAAGUUGCUUUCAUGCAUUCAUCUCCAAAUAGGAAAAUCUACAUUGGAGACAAUGUUGUUGAUCUUUUCUUCGCUGUUGAUAUUGUUUUGACAUUCUUCGUGGCUUACAUUGAUCGAACAACUCAUCUACUAGUUCGAGACUCCAAAAAAAUUGUAGUGAGGUACUUGUCAACAUGGUUCGUGAUGGAUGUGGCAUCAACUAUACCAUAUGAGGCAAUAGGCUAUUUGAUCACUGGUAAACAAAAAGUGGGUCUCCCUUACUUCCUGUUGGGCUUGCUCAGAUUUUGGCGACUCAGACGGGUCAAGCAAUACUUCACAAGGCUUGAGAAAGACAUCAGGUUCAGCUAUUUCUGGGUUCGAUGUGCUAGGCUUCUUUUUGUAACACUUUUUUCAGUUCAUUGUGCUGGGUGCCUUUAUUACAUGCUAGCUGAUCGCUACCCCCACCAAGGAAAGACAUGGAUUGGAGCUGUGAUCCCAAACUUCCGAGAGACAAGCCUUCAAAUCAGAUACAUCUCAGCCAUGUACUGGUCCAUCACCACCAUGACCACUGUAGGUUAUGGUGACCUUCAUGCCGUGAACACUAUGGAAAUGAUCUUCAUUAUUUUCUACAUGCUCUUCAACCUUGGCCUAACUGCUUACUUGAUUGGCAACAUGACAAAUCUUGUUGUUGAGGGAACUCGCCGUACCAUGGAAUUUAGAAAUAGCAUUGAAGCAGCAUCAAACUUUGUGUGCCGAAAUCGGUUGCCUUCAAGGUUAAAAGAGCAGAUACUGGCUUACAUGUGUUUAAGAUAUAAGGCAGAGAGCUUGAAUCAGCAUCAGCUUAUUGAACAGCUACCAAAGUCCAUUUGCAAAAGCAUCUGCCAGCAUUUGUUUUUUGAAACUGCAGACAAUGUCUAUCUUUUCAAAGGCGUCUCAAAAGAAAUUCUGUUAUCCCUGGUGGCAAAAAUGAAGGCAGAAUACAUACCACCUAGAGAGGAUGUUAUCAUGCAAAACGAAGCACCAGAUGAUGUUUAUAUUAUAGUGUCCGGAGAAGUGGAGAUCAUCGAAAGUGUAAUGGAGAAAGAAAGAAUUAUAGGGACUCUACAAACAAGGGACAUGUUUGGAGAAGUUGGUGCACUUUGUUGUAAACCUCAGAGCUAUACCUAUAGAACCAAGACUCUCACGCAGCUCCUGAGGCUGAAAACCAAUACUCUUAUAGAAGCAAUGCAGAUUAAAAAAGAAGACAAUAUAAAAAUACUCAAAAACUUCAUUCAGCAUGUCAAGCAGCUUAACGAUCUGAAUAUAAGAGAUUUAAUGGUUGAGAAUGUGGAAGAAGAUGACCCUAACAUGGCUGUGAACUUGCUAACUGUGGCCAGCACAGGGAAUGCUGCUUUUCUUGAGGAGCUUCUAAGAGCAGGUCUUGAUCCUGACAUUGGAGACGCCAAAGGGAAAACCCCAUUGCACAUAGCAGCAUCAAAUGGGCAUGAAGAGUGUGUUAAAGUCUUACUCAAGCAUGCAUGCAACGUACAUAUAAGAGACAACAAUGGUAACACUGCAUUAUGGGAUGCUAUAGCUUCAAAACAUUACUCUAUAUUCCGGAUCCUCUAUCAGUUUUCUGCUCUCUCUAAUCCACAAAUAGCAGGUGAUCUCCUAUGUACAGCAGCAAAAAGAAAUGAUUUAGCAGUAAUGAAUGAGCUUUUAAAGCAAGGAUUAAACAUUGACUCCAAAGAUGGCCAUGGUAUAACAGCAAUCCAAAUUGCCAUGGCAGAAAAUCAUGUGGACAUGAUUCAGUUGCUUGUCAUGAAUGGUGCUGAUGUCUCUGAUGUAUAUACUCAUGAAUUUUCUGCAUCCACCUUAAAUGAAAUGCUAAAGAAACGUGAAAUUGAGCAUCUAAUUACUGUAAUUGAGUCCAUACCCAGUGAAUUUGUAUUAAGGGGGCCACUUCAAGAGCAGCAGGAGCAAACUGCUUGUAGAAGAUCUAAUGGACUAAAUUGUCUAAGAGUAAGCAUAUAUAGAGGUCACCCUCUAGUGAGAAGAGAAAAAGGUUUCAUGGAAGCUGGGAAACUAAUAAGGUUGCCUGAUUCAUUAGAGGAGCUCAAAACUAUUGCAGGUGAAAAUUUUGGGUUUGAGGCAAAAGAAGCAAUGGUGACUAACGAAGAAGGAGCAGAAAUUGACUCUAUUGAUGUGAUCAGAGAUAAUGAUAAACUAUUUUUUGUUGAAUAGGCUAAUAAUGCAAAAUCUCAACUGUAAAUAUAUAUAAUUCGCGCAAUAGAAUUAUGUUGGUCCUUUUGUUGCCUUCUUCCCGUAGUCAUAAAGAAGUGGUUUGGUUGUUUUAAAAUAUAUAAAUAAAGAGAAAAGUGUGUAUCAUUUUAAAUGAUGUAAAGUUGUGUCAUUUUAAGUGAGAGAAAGAGAUAGAUAAAAGAAGAAAGAGAGUGGACAAAAAAAUAUAAAGGUGU